AUGUCCUUCUCUCAGUUCGGAUACCCCUACAGCACCACUUCACAGCUCCUGGUGCCCGCCAGCCCCGGCGCCGCCUGCUGCGAGCCGCCGCCGCGCUCCGCGCCCGCCGCCUCGCCGGGCCCCGCCGCCGCCGCCGCCCCGCUCUGCUGCCCCCCGUACGAGAACCGGCUGCUGGCCGCCACCCGCGGCGAGCUCAAUGCGGCGCUCGGCGUGUACGGCGCGCCCUACGCGGCCGCGCAGGGCUACGCCGGCUGCCUGCCCUACGGUGCCGACCCCGCCGCUCUCUACCCCUCGCUGACCCCGCAGUACGACAUGAAGGAGGGCACGGGCGCCCUGCCCUCGGGGAUCGCGCAGCCGCCUGCCUACUACUCCUACGAGCACUCCCUGGGGCAGUACCAGUACGACAGGUACGGGACAGUGGAUUUCAGCGGUUCGGCCAGGCGCAAAAAUGCAACGCGAGAGACGACCAGCACGCUCAAGACCUGGCUGUACGAGCACCGCAAAAACCCCUACCCCACCAAGGGCGAGAAGAUCAUGCUGGCCAUCAUCACCAAAAUGACCCUGACUCAAGUGUCCACUUGGUUUGCUAACGCCAGACGGAGGCUCAAGAAGGAGAACAAAAUGACCUGGUCUCCCAAGAACAAAGCGGGGGAAGAGAGGAAAGAAGAAAACAAAAGGGGCGAGGAGGAGUGUGGCAUCGCGAGCGAAGGCAGAGAGCACAGGAGCUGCAAGGAGGACACGGAGCUGCGGCUCAGCGACCUGGACGACCUGGAGGAGGAGGAGGAGGAGGAGGAAGAGGAGGUGGCAAGGAAGGGCCGCAGGAGCUCCCCGCAACAGAGCGCGCUGUCCGAGGCGCCGCCCGGCCCCUUCCGCGCCUUCGCCGCCGCGCCGCCGCCGCCCUACGCGCCCGCAGAGAAGCCGCGCAUCUGGUCGCCGGCGCGCACGGCGGGCGCGGAGGGGCUGGUGGCGGCGCGCACCGGCGGCCCGCGGCCCGCCCGCGCCCAGCCCUGCCACCUCGCCGCAGGAGCGCAAGGCUGCGGGAGGAGCGCGGAGGGCGGCGCGGGAGGCGGCGAGCUGGGCGAGGGCUGCCUGGACAGGCUGCGGACGGCUUUCCGGCCCGUGCUCAGGAGCGCCGCACGGCAGCGGCGCAGCUCCUCUCCCGCCGGAGCCGUUGUAACCCACCGCCUGUGCUUCACCGAGGCCGAGCUGCGCCACAAGCGGCAGCGCAGCGGCCGUGUGGGCGAGGGACCAAGUGUCAGGCCGUAA